AUGACAAGUGUUAAUGAAAUUAGAAAGACAUUUAUAGAUUUCUUUUCGGAGAAAUGUCAACAUACAUUUGUACCAUCAUCGUCUGUGAUUCCACAUGACGAUCCAACAUUGCUAUUUGCCAAUGCCGGUAUGAAUCAAUUCAAGCCUAUUUUCCUCGGACAGGCUGACCCACGUAGCGAGCAAGCCAAGUUGAAGCGUGCUGUCAACUCACAAAAGUGUAUUAGAGCUGGAGGCAAACACAACGAUUUGGACGACGUAGGAAAGGACACAUACCAUCACACCUUUUUUGAAAUGUUGGGUAACUGGUCAUUUGGAGACUACUUUAAAAAGGAGGCCAUCACAUGGGCCUGGGAGUUGUUGACUGUCGUCUACAAGCUCGACAAGGAGCGUCUCUACGCUUCGUACUUUGGUGGUGACGCUGCCAAGGGUUUGGAGGCUGAUACUGAGGCCCGCGACCUCUGGCUUCAGUUCUUGCCCGCCGAGCGUGUAUUGCCAUUUGGCAUGAAGGAGAACUUUUGGGAGAUGGGUGAUACUGGACCGUGCGGCCCAUGCUCAGAGAUUCACUUUGACAAGGUCGAGGGUCGUAAAGGCGCUGCUGCCCUCGUCAACGCCGACGACCCCACCCUCAUCGAGAUUUGGAACAAUGUGUUUAUCCAAUACAAUCGCGAGGCUGACAAGAGCUUGCGUCCAUUGCCCAACAAGCACGUCGAUACCGGUAUGGGUCUCGAACGUUUGACAUCGAUCAUCCAAAACGUCGGCACCAACUAUGACACUGACAUUUUCAUGCCAAUCUUUGCCGAGAUCCAAAAGGUCACUGGCUAUCCCCACCCAUACGGCGGCAAGGUCGGCUCGGACGACCCCGAACAAGUCGACAUGGCCUACCGUGUCAUUGCCGAUCAUAUCCGUACGCUCUCCUUUUCGAUUGCCGACGGUGCCGUGCCCUCGAGCGAGGGACGUGGCCAAGUGUUGCGUAGAAUCUUGCGUCGUGCCGUCCGUUAUGGCAAGCAAAAGUUGAACGCUCCAUCUGGCUUCUUUGCCAAGUUGGUCGACAUUGUCGUCCAAAACUUUGGCGACUUUUUCCCAGAGCUCCGUAACCGUCCACAACACAUUGUCUCGGUUUUGGAACGUGAGGAAAAGAUGUUUGCCCGUGCCCUUGAUCGUGGUAUCGUCGAGUUUGACCGUAUGGUCGACAAGGUCAAGCAACAGGGUAGCAAGGUGUUCCCAGCCUCCAAUGCCUGGUACCUCUACUCGUCGUUUGGUUUCCCAAUCGAUUUGACCAAGUUGAUGGUCGACGAGAAGGGUCUCGAGCUCGACAUGGACGGCUACCAAAAGUUGGCCGAUGAAGACGCCGAGCGCGGUCGUCUCCGUCAACGUUCGAAAAAGACCGAGAUGAACAUGCAAGCCGAACCCAUCUCGAUCCUCCAAGGAGACGGUGUCAAGCCAACCAUCGACUCGCACAAGUACGAGCAAAAGGAGAUUGAAACCGUCGUCAAGGCAAUCUACGACGGCAAGGUAUUUGUCAACAGCCUCGAGUCAACCGACACCACCCGCAACACAGUCUAUGGUAUCGUGUUGGAGAGCACCAACUUUUACCCAGAGCAAGGUGGUCAAAUCUACGAUAUCGGAAACAUCAACUCGGUCGUCGACCAAACCACCAUCUUUAACGUCAGUGACUGCAAGGUUUUCGGAGGUUACGUCGUCCACAUUGGUUACAUUACCGCCGAUGCUGCCGCCAUCAAGGUUGGCGACAAGGUCGAGCUCACAGUCGACUACACCCGUCGUUCACCCAUCAUGUCCAACCACACCUCUACCCAUAUGAUCAACUUUGCCCUCCGUAAUGUCCUCGGUGACAAUGUCGAGCAACGUGGUUCACUCGUCGAUGACUCCAAGCUCCGUUUCGAUUUUUCCAACGACCGUGGUAUGACCCGUCAAGAGAUUAUCAAGGUUGACCAAAUCGUCAACGACCUCAUCGCCAAGGAAUUGCCAGUCAGCUGCAAGGAAGUCGAUCUCGCCCGUGCCAAGACUAUCAACGGUUUGCGUGCCGUCUUUGGUGAAGUCUACCCAGACCCAGUCCGUGUCGUCUCUGUUGGCAAGUCUGUCGACGAGCUCCUCGCCAACCCAACCAACCCAGAAUGGACCCAAUACUCGAUUGAAUUCUGUGGUGGUACUCACAUCAACAACUCCAAGGAUGCCGAAUACUUUGCCAUCACCUCUGAAGAGGCUUUGGCUGCCGGCAUUCGUCGUGUCGUCGCCGUAACUGGUUCCGACGCCACCGUCGUCUUUGAAAAUAACAAAAAGUUGCAAGCCCGUUUCCAAGAGGCCACCAAAUUCACUGGCAAGGAGCUCAAGGAUGCCAUCCCAACCCUCACCGCCCUCCUCAACGAACACCAAGGCAAGAUCUCUGCCUCCAAGAAAUUCGAACUCGUCGAAAUCCUCUCCUCCAUCCAAGAACUCGCCAAGAAACAAUACAAGGAAGAAGAAGCCAACCUCAUCAAGGAAGCUCAAGUUUUAGUUGAUCAAAUUUCAAAUCAAUUGGUUGAAUCUAAAUCACCAAUUUAUGUUGGUACUAUUAAUGCUGGAUUAAGUAAUACUUUAAUGUCAGAUUCAAUUAAAUCAAUUCAAAAGAAAUGUCCAGAUACAUCAGUAUUAUUGAUUUCAAAGGAUGAAGAAAAAGGAAAGAUUUGUGUCAUUUCUAUUGUACCAAAGGGAUCGACUGCCGAGACCAAGGGACUCAAGGCCAAUGAUUGGGUUGUCAAGGUAUCAGCUGCUCUCGGUGGUAAGGGUGGUGGUAAGCCAGAUGUUGCCCAAGGUGCUGGUACUGAUAUUGCCAAGAUUGACGAAGCCCUUGAAUUUGCUAAAUCAUUUGCUCAAAAAUUAAUUCUUUAA